AUGCUUUCUUUUCAGGAUUACAGUUUUGAUGGGAUUCAAGAUUUGUUGAGCUCUAAAAGUAGAAGUCGUGAGAGUGUGGAAGGAGUGAACACAAGGAAACAAAGUCAUUUCUAUGGAUUUGAGGCUGAGGCUGGGGGCGAUGCUUAUGGUUUUUAUCAAGAUGUGUCAACGGGGGAAGGAUUCUUUUUCUCCAAGUAUCAGAAUCAAGAACAGAAGCAACAAUCAUACUUAGAUUGCGGACUUCUUGACGACCAUAGUUACAAUAUCCUUUCUCCACAGCUUCAAACAUCUCUGGACGGUAUAGAAAAGCUUGAUGAAAUCCCAGCAGUAACUCAAGAUGGUUUACAACCCUGGAAGGAAAAUCAGUACCCAUUUUCCUUAGCCUCGUUAGAGCUUCAUGGUGAUCGGCAAUUUGAUGGUGAAAGAACAGUUGAGAGAAGCAGUGGUGCACCACGCGCAAAAGUGAUUGGCACAGAAUUAUCUACUGAAGAAAUCAUGAAGAUGGCUGGAGCAAAGUUCAUCCAAUCCUUUUCCCGAAUGGUUGAUACUGCUUCCAUGCUUAACAACCCGUUUGAUCUCUUUUUCUCUGGCCUUUCUGAGGAAGCAGCAAAAAAUGUGGAGCUUGCUGAACUCCUUCUAGCUUCUGCUGAGAAAGUAGGUAAUCAACAGUUUGAACGCGCCAACAGAUUUCUAAACUAUUGUGAGCACUUGUCUUCCAAUGGAGAAAGUCCAGUUCAACGAGUAGUUCACUAUUUUUCCGAAGCUCUUCGAGAAAGGAUUGACCGAGAAACAGGUAGAAUCACACCAAAAUGGCCUGAGAAAUCGCAUUCAUUUGAUCUUGAUAGGGCAAUGAUGACUCUGAAUCCUGCCAUCCUAGCAUGUUAUCAAAAUGUUCCAUUUUCCCAGGUUGCACAUUUCGCUGGAAUCCAAGCUAUUGUAGAGAAAGUAAACAUGGCUAAGAGAAUUCACAUAAUUGAUCUUGAAAUUAGGAACGGAGUGCAAUGGACAGUAUUGAUGCAAGCUCUAGUGUCUCAACAUGAAUCUCCCCUUGAGCUUCUCAAGAUAAGUGCCAUCGGGUCUACUUCAAAAGAGUUGAUUGAGGAUACAGGUAAGAGGUUAAUGAGUUUUGCCGAGACCAUGAAUGUACCUUUCUCCUUCAAGGUAGUCAUGGUAUCGGACAUGUUAGAUCUAAAGAAAGAUCUGUUUGAGCUAGGUGCUGAGGAAGCAGUUGCUGUCUAUGCUGAAAAUUCUUUGAGGAGCCUGAUUGCACUGCCAAAUCGUCUGGAUUCCAUAAUGAAAGUGUUCAGAAAUAUCAACCCACGUAUAGUGGUGGUCAUGGAAGUUGAGGCCAACAACAAUUCACCAUCAUUUGUGAACCGUUUCAUUGAAGCCCUUUUCUUCUACAGUGCUUAUUUUGAUUGCUUUGAUGCUUGUAUGGGGCGUGACAGUCCAAACAGGAUGAUUGCAGAAUCAAAGUACAUUCGUCAAGAAAUCAGAAAUAUUGUGGCCACUGAGGGGGAGGAAAGGAAGAUUCGGCACGUGAAGCUUGAUGUUUGGAGGACAUUCUUUGCUCGUUUUGCAAUGGUGGAAACAGAACUAAGCAAGUCAUCCUUGUACCAAGCAAGCCUGUUGCUAAAUAAAAUUGCUCGUUGGAGUGCUUGUACACUUGACAUGAAUGAGAAAAGUCUCGUUAUUGGGUGGAAGGGUACACCAAUGCAUUCUCUUUCUGUUUGGAAAUUCGACAAGAAUCGAAAAGGGUUGAAAUGA